GAUCUGACCUGGGAACCAAAUCCAGACCGGCCAUUCCGCGACACGAAUAAGUAAUAUAAGUCGCGACAGAUCUGGCCCAACAUGUCGACCAGAUACUCCCUCAGACAGACGCCGAGGAAGAAGGAACUCUUCGAGGGCAUGGUUGAAACGCCUGGUCACCGUUCUACGCGCCGCAAGUCCCAAGCCCCGACUGACGGUUCUGACCUCGACGGCGAUUCGAGCUCGGCGGCCGAGGGUGCCAAGCGCAAAGGCACUCUCCGGAGGCGCGGCACUGCCAAAUUCAUCGAGCACAUCGACGAAGAUGACGUGUCCACCGAGGCCACCUCCUCUCCAGAGCAGCUGCUGGGCACGGAUCCCAAGGUCAAGGCCAACGGCACCCCCAAGAAACUGCAGGGUACUGCCAACGGCAACGGCCAUGCCAAUGGUCACGCUAAUGGCCACGCUAAUGGCCACGCCGGGGAAGACGUGAUCGACGGUUGGAAGGCUGGGUUGGACCCCAAGGUCGACUACUCUGGAAAGUUUGAGUUCGGCGGCUCCCUGGGCACAGCGACCAUGAUGCUUUGCUUCCCCCUCUUGAUGUGGUAUAUGUGGAUAGGGGCGACCUACUACAACGGCAAGUUCCCAUCGCGGUCGGCCGACCAGAGCUGGGGCGAGUUUGCCGAGCACCUCUUCAACCUUGUCUACACCGGCGCUUUCCCGCACGCCCGGGCCUGGGCCAUAUACUGGACAUUCCUCGUCUUCGAGGGCGCCUGCUACUGUCUCCUCCCCGGCAUCUGGGCCUACGGCAAGCCUCUCGCUCACGAGGGUGGCAAGCAGAUGAAGUACUACUGCUCGGCCUACGCGUCCUUCUACACGACCAUCGCCCUGGCCGCUGGGCUGCACUUCUCGGGCCUGUUCCCGCUGUACACCAUCAUCGACGAGUUCGGCCCGCUCAUGUCUGUCGCGAUCCUCUCGGGCUUCCUCGUCAGCAUCGUGGCCUACAUCUCGGCAUUUGCCCGCGGGGCCACGCACCGGAUGACGGGAUACCCCAUCUACGACUUCUUCAUGGGCGCGGAGUUGAACCCGCGCAUGUUCGGCAUCCUCGACUUCAAGAUGUUCUUCGAGGUGCGCCUGCCCUGGUUCAUCCUGUUCCUGCUCUCGUGCGGCGCCGCGGCGCGCCAGUACGAGCAGUACGGCUACGUCAGCGGCGAGGUCGGCUUCGUCGUCAUGGCGCACUACCUGUACGCCAACGCGUGCUCCAAGGGCGAGGAGCUCAUCGUCACCACCUGGGACAUGUACUACGAGAAGUGGGGGUUCAUGCUCAUUUUCUGGAACCUGGCCGGCGUCCCGCUGUCGUACUGCCACUGCACCAUCUACCUGGCCAACCAGGCGCCGUCGACGUACCGGUGGAACCCGUACGCACUCGCGGCGCUCUACCUCUCGUACCUCUUCGUCUACUGGGUGUGGGACAGCUGCAACAGCCAAAAGAACCGCUUCCGGGCCGCGGAGCGCGGCACCCUCGUGCCGCGCCGGACCUUCCCGCAGCUGCCGUGGCAGACGGUGCGCGACCCGGCGACCAUCACGUCGGCGCGCGGCGACACCAUCCUCGUCGACGGCUGGUACGGCCUCGCCCGCAAGGUCCACUACGCCUGCGACGCCUACUUCGCCAUCUGCUGGGGGCUCAUCACCGGCUUCCGCAGCCCUUUCCCCUGGUUCUACCCCUUCUUCUUCUGCUGCAUGAUCGCCCACCGCGCCGCACGCGACAUCGAGCGCUGCCGCGCAAAGUACGGCGACGCGUGGCGCGAGUACGAGGCCAGGGUGCCGUACCUGUUCAUCCCGUAUGUCAUCUAAAAACCCCCAUCCACAGUAUGAAUCCAAGGGGGGCUUUUACGGUGGAUCCUCCGGCUUCGAUUCCAUUGUACAUGUACAUGUAAAAUACCUAUCGACUUCCCCGGUCAUACAUAGUAUGGGUGAUGUGUAUGUGUGUGUGUGUGUGUGUGUCUGUCUGUCUGAUAUACGAAAAACGACAGAGACAGCCUUGGGGAGUAAAUUUAACUACAAGGAGCAUUUUU